GUCACCGCAUUGAUUCGUUUUCCAAAAUAUUUAUCUUGCAAAUAAAAGGUGUUCAAUCAAGACUAAGCUGCAAAGUCAACAUGAGUGAACGAGCUUCUCCGAAAAAGUGGCUUCCACCAGGUUGGGCAGCUUUGCUUGUGGCCGCCACAAUAUUAGUUCCAUGUGGUGCCCUGGUGAAGAACUGUUCCGCACCAGACCAACCGGCUCUACUUAAAGCUCUCAAUCCGGUGUUCAACCUGAGCGCCAUACGACCUGUCUGGAACAUGUCGACCUGCACCAACGUCAGCGUUUACUUCACCUUGUAUGGAAUUUUGGGAGUGGAUGAGAAAGCACAAAUUCUCAAGACGUAUAUCUGGCUUCAUUACUGGUGGAAGAACGAGUUUGUCAGCUGGGAUCCGGAGGAAUGUGGAGCCAGUAACAUCUCUCUUCCCAAGGCCAAGUUCUGGGUCCCGGAUAUUGUGAUUAAUGAGUUCAUGGAUGAAAAUAGCGCCCCUGAAGUUCCGUACCUUUAUCUGCACAGCAACGGUGCCAUCCACGACUCCCAACCGGUCCGAGUUGUGAGCUCCUGUAACCUCAACAUCUACACGUUUCCCUUCGACAUACAGAAAUGCACACUCACCUUCAACUCCUACAUUCACCUGGCAAUGGACAUAAAGAUUUUACUUGGAAGAGCAGAAGAAGAAAUCACAAAACGAUCCAAAAACGUGAUGACGACGAUGGGAGAGUGGGAGCUGCUGGACAUCACAGCGGACCAGGGUGAAGCAACCACGGACAGCAGCACCAUCGAUGAGCUCAUCUUUUAUAUCCGAGUGAGGCGCAGGGCGAUGCUGUACGUGGUCAACCUGCUGAUCCCGAGCUGUUUCCUCAUUACGGUCGACCUCUUCAGCUUCCUGCUGCCUCCUCAGAGUGUUGACCGCUCGUCCUUCAAGAUGACCCUCAUCCUGGGCUACACGGUCUUCCUGCUCAUCAUGAAUGACCUUCUGCCCAUCACUGGAAAUACCAUUCCUCUCAUCAACGUCUUCUUCUCUCUGUGCCUGGCUCUGAUGGUGGCCAGUCUGCUGGAGACCAUCCUCAUCACCAACCUGCUGCUCGGCUCGUCUGACUUCUCUCCGGUUCCUCGCUGGGUUGAAAUUCUGGUUCUCCGAAUCCUGGGCUAUCUCGUCUUCUUGCCUCCAAAAGCCAAAGGAAAAAGAGAUGCGGAGAGUCCUCCCAAGACGUUCACCAACAAGCACAUGUUGGACAACCGUUUUCCAGAGAAGAAGGGGGAUGCAGAGCAGGAGGACAAGGCUCUGGAGGAGCUGAAAAACCUCAGCAGGGACCUCCAAGCGAUCCGAGUCCAGGUGGACCGGCAGAUCAAUGGAACCAAAAGCUCCGAAGAUUGGACCAAGCGCCACAUGCCGAGAGUCAAGUCGACUAAGCUUCUAUUCCUCUUCGUCUCUGUGCUCAUGCAUGGUUCGUGUAGCUGUGUCAUGCUGAACUGCUCUCGACCCGAUCCACCCGCACUGCUGGAGGCCCUUAAACCUGUCUUCAACCUGAGCUCCAUCAGACCUGUGGUCAACUCAUCGACGCCCACCUUUGUCUAUGUUAACAUACUGAUAACUAGCAUUUUGGGUGUGGAUGAGAAAGCUCAGCUGCUUAAAACCUACAUGGUCCAGAACUUUCAGUGGAAAAAUGAGUUUGUACACUGGGAUCCGGACCAUUGUGGUUCACACUGGCUCACACUUACAAGGAAGCUGCUUUGGGUGCCAGACAUCGUCAUCAACGAAUUCAUGGAGGAGAACAAGGUCCCAUUUGUCCCGUACACCUACCUCUAUCACGACGGCUUUGUGAAUGACUUUCAACCCUUCAGGGUGAUCAGCUCCUGCAGGCUGGACACCUACAUGUUUCCUUUCGACAUCCAGAACUGUACGCUGACUUUCAACUCCUACCUGCACCCGGUCUCCUCCAUAGAGCUGGGCACCAGGGUUCUGGCCGAGGAUGUUUAUAAAGCCUCCAAAGCGAGGAUGUCAUCUGCCGGGGAGUGGGAACUGAUCGGAAUCGAACAUUCCUUGCAUCGGCUGCCGACAUCUAACGGAGAUUUUUACGAAGAGCUUCGCUUCCAUGUGUCCAUCAGACGCAGGUCCACCAUGUACGUGGUCAAUCUCCUGCUCCCGAGCUGCUUCCUCAUCGCUGUCGACCUCUUCAGCUUCAUGCUGCCUCCAGACUGUGUCGACCGCUCAUUAUUCAAGAUGACCCUCAUCCUGGGCUACACCGUCUUCCUGCUGAACAUGAACUCCCAGUUGCCCGCCACCGGGGACACCAUCCCUCUGUUAAACGUGUUCCUGUCUCUGUGCCUGACCCUGAUGAUGGGCAGUCUUCUUGAGACCAUCGUCAUCACCAACUUUCUUCACGGAUCAUCUCGCCUCCCUGCGCUUCCGCGAUGGAUCAAAGUAUUGGUCAUCAAAGUUCUGGGCUGCGUGGUGGGCCUCCCACGGAAACCCAAAGCUAAAGAUACUGUUGUUGAAAACCCUGCAGGACUGGAAAUGCCAGUCUCCGUUCCAUAUGAUGAAGAAGCAUCCAUUGACAUGAUGGUGAAGCGGCUGCAGAUUCUGAGCAGGGAACUCCACAUCCUCCGCCUGCAGGUGGACCAACACUUGGGGCGGAGCCAGACUGCAGAGGAGUGGAUCCAAGUGAGUCUCAUCGUGGAUCGCCUGCUGUUCAUCAUCUACAUCUUUUUCCUGUCCAUCAGCCUGACGACCUUUGUGGUUCUCUGGGCGACCUCUCAGAAUAUUUGAGGAACUUAGCUGCUACCAAGCUUUUUGCACUUUUGUUCAAGUUAUUGACAUUUUAACUUAAAUCUGACUAUUAAAGAGCUUGAAAACAAGCAGGUCCAUCUUGUCCAAUAUGUUCAUCUUGC